AAGGGCACCACGUUCAAGGUCACCUUGAGGGAGGAGAGCUAUGGCGCAUGCGCAGGGAAACCUCUGGACUCCAAGAUGGCGGCCUCCAGUUGUGCCAUGCUGCUCAGCAGGAGCUUGGGCUGCUUGGUGGCUCGCACUGUGCUUAGGAGGCCUCUCUGGGCGCAGAAUGUAUCCAGCAUUUCUGUCCUGCAGCGCGAGCGAUUAACUUUCCGUAUUUACAGCACAGAGGCCGGCGAAGCUGAACCCACAGAGCAAGCGGCUUCUGACACAGAAUCACGUUUUAAAGAGAAGCCGUGGGAGUACUUUGAGUCUGAAGAAUACAUAGAAAGAUAUGGCAGCAAUCCCGUCUGGUUCGGCUACCGGCGCAAUCACAAGGGCCAGAUUCCACCACAGAAGACCCGGAAGACUUGCAUUAGAGGAAAGCACAUCUGUGGGAAUCCCUGCCCUAUCUGCAGAGACCAAAACCUCUUCUUGGAUUAUAGGAACGUGAGGCUUCUGGAGCAGUUCAUCAGCCCCCACACAGGCAUCGCCUACCACCCGACACAUACAGGUAUCUGUAUGAAGAAGUAUCAGCAACUGACCAAAGCUAUUCAGAUGGCUCGGGACAGUGGCCUUUUAUCCUCUAGCGUCCCCUUCGUCACUUUCCACGAGGACUACAGCAACCGGCAUCCAGCUGUCACCAAGACCCCUCCGUCCCCAGCCCUGCAGAACAAGACAGCGUGGUAUGAGUGGUAUGACUGGCAGCAGCCCCCGGAGAAGGAGAUUCAGCGGAUGAGGAGGAUUUACAAGGACUACCUGAAAGAGGAGAGCAGUCCCCCGUGAGUUAGGCAGGUGGCACUGGGUGAAACACUCCCUAGUGGUUUUAGAAUUGGUCCUUGAAAAUAUUUUGAACAUCCAGUUUGGAUGGAUAGAUCUUGGCUGCCUUCUGUUUGCUCAUCUACCCAUGUGUCAAUAAAGUCAAAGACCUUA